AUGGUCGCAGCCCGCGUGCUCGGCUCCCGGGACCUGCUCCCGCUCGUCAGCGCCUACCAGCGCGGCACGCCCCAAGAGAUACUCGAGCUGCGCGCGCUCCUCGACGCGAUCGACCUCGCGGGCCUCCACGCGCUCUUGUUGGCGGCCGACGAGACGUAUUCCGCCAAUUGCUUUGCGGCGUUUGCAGCCUUUCACAAGCGCGUGUCGCCAGCUUCGCUCCUGCGCGUCGCCUUCACGAGGAGCCGCGCCGCCGCAGUCUACUACGCGCUUGUCCACGGCAACCUCUGUGUCGUCCGGGGCAUGCGCACGUCGUCCCGCGCCGCCAUCUCCAACUCGCAGUGGAUCAUCGCGGCGACCUUUGGCCACUUCCAUGUGAUCGAGUAUCUGCACCGGCACGACUGGGCCAACUACGAUCAACGCGCGAUGAAGGCCGCGGCCAUGCGGGGCAACCUCGCGAUGGUAGUGUACCUCGAAGACCUCGGUUACUGGAGCCCACACGUGCUGCGCUGGGCGUGCACGGCGGGCCAACUGCACGUCGCAGAGUUUGCCAACGACCGCGAGACCACGAGAUCGCUCGGCGCCGGCACGAUCAACGACGUGGUGCG